AUGGCGUCGAUUCUGUCUUUUAUGGGCUGGGCUGUCCUUCCUAAUUAUGCCACCACAAUCGUCCAGAACAUUUACUAUGGAAUUACUAUCCGUGCGGGGGAUCCGCGGCCACAGCCUCCCUCGCCUCGAUAUGCACGUCAUCGCCGGCGCAUCUUCAUCCUGGUGGUGACCAGUUACCUUCUCUACACGCUGUACGAGGCCUUCCAUCGGGUCCAGAUGGAGGGCGAUUUCUAUCGCGCCCUAGGGGUUUCGCCGCUAGCUGACGAUCGCACCAUCAAGUCUCGAUUCCGGCGACUCGCCGCCCAGCAUCACCCGGAUAAGAUCGGCCACGGUGGCCCCUCCGACGACUACUUUGUAUACUUGAAGUUGGCGCAGGAUACGCUGCUGGACCCGGCGCGGCGGUUCGCAUACGACCGAUUUGGGCCGGACAUGAACGGUUGGGGCGACCGCAAGACCAUGCAGGGCUUCCUGAUGGCCGGGCUGCAGCGGACGAUGCCGCAGUACGUGGGCGGGUUGCUGACCAUUCUUGUGCUGAACUUUGUGUGGUGGUCUGAAUGGGGACGUUAUUGGCGCUUUUUUACAUUCGCGGCGCUGCUUACACUGGAACUCUCUCUGAUCACCCAUCCGGGGGCCUUGUUUUUCCCGGCCUCUUACAUCCCCCCGGGCCUACGCGACCUGUUCGGCAUCUCCAUGCAGUCGAGUUUCUAUCUUCUCCCGUUCCAGAUCCUGACCCUUGCCCGACGGUUCUCGGUGACGCUGCACAUCUUCAUCUCGCAGCUGACUCCACCGGAGGUGAGCAAAGGGUCUGCGUCGGCGACGAGCGAACGACUGCGUCCGCAGACGAUGCAACAACUGGGCCAGGUCGUGCAGUUGUCGCGGACGACGGACGCCGAGGCGACACGACUGUUGCAGUUGGGACUCGCGCCGUUUCGUGGUGAUCGCGACGGUGCAGCCAUGCUCCGGAAGGGGAUGAAGGAGGGAUUGGUGUUGAGUAGUGUGCGGGCGAGCCCCGAGGUGCAGCAGGCUGUUGGGGAGGUGAUGGAGCGGAAGAAACGGGAAAAGAAGGGGGAUUGA